CUCGACUGUUCUUUCACAAAAGUACGAACAGCGGGCUCUGACUGACGGCUGAUUGAUGCCACAUGAUCAUCCACACCGAAACAUUCUCUUUUUUAACUUACUAAUCAAACCUCAUCCUCGUCUUAGAGGUGAACACCACUCAUCUAUCCAGGCCGUGUCACUAGUAGAAAAUUCCUCUUUCCUGAGCAUCAUAGUUCUGUUGUAUCUUUUGCGCUGGCAAAUGCAACAUUUUGACCAAGUUGGUACGAAAUAAUCCAGGUUCGGCGACUCAGCAAGUUAUCACGCCGACUGGAGUCUAAUAACCCCAACUCCAAUACUGUAGCUGUGAUACUUCCUCUACUGCAACCCCCGGGCUCUGAAACAACACCUAUACUUGACUUGCGGAGACAUUCUCUACGAGGUAAAGGUUCCUGAGGGAACAACAGCGAAAACUAAAGUUUCAGGCCUGGCCACUUAGACUAUGGACCAGCCAACAGACUAUCUGGUCACACAAAAAGGCUGCGAGCUCCUGGAAGACAUUGCAGACCCCGAUGUGACAGGGUGGGGGGUUGUCGCUUCGUUCAUGGUGUCUUUCGCCCUUACGUAUGCGGCCAUUAUAGCGGCAUACAUCUUCAGACUGCUCCCCGAAUCUCGAUACAACUCGAUCGACUUGGCCGUUUCCCAGAAUCUCUCGCCCCUGCGAUCGGAUUCCUUUCCCUUGAGACUGCCUCAAUGGCACAGCACUCGGGGUUCUCGAACCGCCCAGGAGACCAGAAUCAAAAGGGUUCGAGCGUUUGAAUCCUUCAUCCUAGCGAUGAGCGACCAGCAGCUCAUCACGGGAGUGGCCCUCAUCAUUGUCACCACGUACAUGACGUUCAGCGAGCUCAGCGAGUCCUUCUCCGUCUAUUCGUUCCAGGUCGCCACGAGGCUCGGCUACUGCUCCUGCAUCGUACACCUCUGCACCAUAUCCCUCCUGCGGGAGCAUUUCGAUGCCAACAAGCGCCUAAGGGACUUCCGAGUCGUCUUGGUUUCUGUUUUCCUCGCUCUCUUGGCCGUGUGCAUGGUCAUCUCCGACUCGGUAACUUUCCGAUUCAACCGCCGUAUCUCGGUCAAAUGUGCGAGAGAAAACCUGAAGCUGGUCGAUCUGGAGAGGCCUCGUUACGUCAAAUAUUCUGACGAAAUGAUCCUGGUUUCCAAUCUGGUGGUGCUCAUUCUCGUCCUUUUGCUGGGUUACUCGAGACGUUUUCUCGAACUGUACCACCCGCUGGCCCGUCAUGACUCUCACUACUGGACGGCGCGGUCGUUGCGUCCAAUGUUCGACCAGGCCGUAGACCAGGCUUACAAUAACGCAGACGAGGAGAGGAGGUCUUCUCUAGAAGCGCUUCGCAAGAAACGUGGCCGUGGCAGAGCUGAUCCUUUGAGCCUCACGCAGUGGCGUUUGGUAUCCAAGAUAUGGAUUGAGAGCGUCUCAACCAGCUUCUUAUGGGACAUCAUGUGGUUGGCGUUCUACUUUGUCUUUGGCAUCGCCGGCCUUUUGAAAUUCUACAUUUACGCGCACGCAGAACACGCCAAGAUGAAGCCGAACUUUGGACAGCUGGUGCCUUUGAUCCUUGUUGGCCUCCCCUUUUUAGCCGCGUGGGAGGCAUACUCGUCCACUGUUACGCCGGCACAGCCUCAAGUGGAACGUAUCUCAACUCAGUCGGAAUCGUCUUCAAUUGUCACACCACCCAACAAAGUCAAACACAGACACGAGAAUCACCAGUUGACUGAAAUCAAAGAGGUUGCAAGUGGUAGUUGCGGGGUUGAGAUGGGAAAAUUGUCCGACACUCACCGAAGAGACGAAGGGGUCCUGAAAGUUGCCAAAGACCUUCACAUCUCACUCAAGUGGUUAAAAGUUUCCACUGUGGCUUAUGCCUUGGCGCUACCAGUUUGGGCUCUCAUGUUUGCAGACGUGAUCCCUGGCGCCUUUUACGUCUCCCUCGUAGCCGGUUUCCUUUACCUGUUAGCUGGGCUCGCUGCAUGGUAUUCGGCCGCAUGGACUGUCAUUUUUCAGUGGCUAAAGCCGAAGGAACGGAGUAGAAGCUAGAAACUGGGACGAUGGGUUGGAAUUGGGCUGUGAUUGAGCUGGGAUUCGACGAUGAAUAGCGCGUAGUAAUCGAUGGAUAAUGAUUGGGGGUUGGUACAUCGGUAGAGGACGUCUUAAGUAGUAGAUACGGGACUAUAUUGGCGACUGAGAAGACAGAAAUUCUCCAUAGUUUCAUGGUUCAUGUGAUGUUCAAGUCACGGCAGGGAAUGUAGAUUGAGGAG